CAUUUCUAAAACCCCCAAAACCCUAGUCCUCAAUCUCUCUCUUCGCCACCACCGACCACCAUCGCCGAUGGCCUUCCAUUGCCUCCGCCUCCGCCGUGUUCUUUCUGUAUCCUCUUCCCUCCUCCACCACUCUCUUCAUCAACCGAAACCAAUCUCGACAAUCUCCUCUCAUCUUCUUUCCGCCCCCACCGCCACUGCCACCUCCGCCGUCAUCCCUUCAUCCGCUCAAUUGGCGCGGCCGUUCACUUCGACAACCACCCUCUUCCGCAAGACAUUCGAUCCCGAGACCGAUGAAAUUGGGCCCGACACUAUCCUCUUCGAAGGAUGCGAUUACAACCACUGGCUGAUCACCAUGGAUUUCCCCAAGGACGCCAAUAUCACCCGCGAUCAAAUGAUCGAAACCUACGUCAACACGGCUGCCCAAGUCUUCGGCAGUGUGGAAGAGGCAAAGAAGAAAAUAUACGCACUAAGUACAACAACAUAUCAAGGUUUUCAGGUUCUGUGUGAUGAGGACACGUCUAAAAAGUUUGAGGGUAAGCCAGGAGUUGUAUUUAUUUUGCCAGAUUCGUACAUUGAUCCAGCAAACAAGGAAUAUGGAGGAGACAAGUACGUCAAUGGAGAAAUUUUUCCUAGACCACCCCCAGUUCACUAUGGUAGACGUAACAACAAUAGACCCCCUCAGCAAAACUAUGGCCGACAACAACAGCAAAACUACGGGCCUCCACCACAACAAAACUACGGGCCUCCACCACAGCAGAACUAUGCCCCUCCAGCUCAGCAGAAUUAUGGCCUUCCACCUCAGCAGAGCAACGGGCCUCCACCUCAGCAGAAUUAUGGCCCUCCACCUCCGCGGAACUAUGGCCCACCACCUCAACAGAACUAUGGCCCACCACCACAACCACGUCAAAACUACGGGCCAACACAGCAGAGCUAUGGACCUCCCCCACCAAGGCCUAAUCAAGACUACGGACCUCCACCACAACAGAGCUAUGCGCCGCCACCUCAGCAAAGUUAUGGGAACAUUCCAAAUUCCCCGCCUCAACAAGGUUAUAAUCCACCGGGACUAGGGGAAGGAAGAGGCCCUAUGCCGCCAAAUAAUGCUUCGGGACAUGGUGAAAGAAAUCCAAUGCCUUCUUAUCAGGGUAACUUCAAUCAAGCAGAGCCGCCGGUGAACCAUUUUGCUCAAGGGCAGAGAGAUUUCCAACAGAGCCAUAUGCCACACGAGCAGAAGGCAUUUUCGCAAGAUGCUGGUUAUGGACCUUCACAAGGGGGACAGAGGAACUUUUCAUCCGUGCGAAAUGAUUGAUCAAGUGAGAUAGUUUUUAUCCUUCAUUUCUCUUUGUUGCAUUCUCUUAACUCUUAAGCACAUUGAUCACGGUUGAAGUUUCACAUGAAGGUUUAUGUUUGUUGAACCACUACAUUUUCCGUUACUCUGACAGUAGGAAUCAGUCAUUUGUUGAACUACUACAUUUUCUUAUCACGAAUGAUUUAUUGUUGGUUUUUAGUUUGCAUAUAAUUUUUUCUGUU